GGCAAGCUUCUUAUGGUGACAGAUAAGAAAUGAGAUCUUCAGCCUCAAGGCUUUCAAGUUUUUCUUCAAGAGAUUCAUUAUGGAGCCGAAUGCCGGACCAGAUUUCGGUGUCGGAGUUUAUCAGCGAGACGACGGAGGAUUACAACUCACCGACCACGUCCAGUUUCACUACCCGGUUGCAGAGCUGCAGGAACUCGGUCACCGUGCUGGAAGAGGCAUUAGACCAGGACAGAACUGCACUACAGAAGGUGAAAAAAUCGGUAAAAGCAAUAUAUAGUUCAGGUCAAGAUCAUGUUCAAAAUGAAGAAAACUAUGCACAAGCCCUAGACAAAUUUGGAAGUAAUUUUCUGAGUCGUGACAACCCAGAUCUUGGUACUGCUUUUGUUAAAUUUUCUACACUCACAAAAGAGUUGUCUACACUACUGAAGAACCUGCUCCAGAGCUUAAGCCACAAUGUCAUCUUUACCCUGGAUUCCCUAUUAAAAGGAGACUUGAAAGGAGUUAAAGGGGACCUGAAGAAGCCAUUUGACAAGGCGUGGAAAGAUUAUGAAGCUAAAUUUACAAAAAUAGAAAAAGAAAAGAGGGAACAUGCAAAACAACACGGUAUGAUCCGCACAGAGAUAACUGGUGCUGAGAUAGCUGAAGAAAUGGAAAAGGAAAGAAGGCUUUUUCAGCUUCAGAUGUGUGAGUAUCUCAUUAAGGUGAAUGAAAUCAAGACAAAAAAGGGUGUAGAUCUUCUGCAGAAUCUCAUUAAAUAUUAUCAUGCACAAUGCAAUUUUUUUCAAGAUGGAUUGAAGACAGCUGACAAACUUAAACAGUACAUCGAGAAACUGGCUGCCGAUUUGUAUAAUAUAAAACAAACACAAGAUGAAGAAAAGAAACAGCUGACUGCACUCAGAGACUUAAUAAAGUCAUCACUACAAGUAGAUCAAAAAGAGUCUAGGAGAGACUCUCAAAGCAAACAGGGAGGGUACAGCAUGCACCAACUACAAGGCAACAAGGAGUACGGCAGUGAAAAGAAGGGGUAUCUGUUAAAAAAGAGUGAUGGGAUCAGAAAGGUUUGGCAGAGAAGAAAGUGCACUGUAAAAAAUGGAAUACUUACUAUAUCGCAUGCAACAUCCAACAGGCAACCUGCUAAACUGAAUUUACUUACCUGCCAAGUGAAACCAAAUACAGAAGAAAAAAAGUGCUUUGACUUAAUAUCACAUAACCGCACGUACCACUUCCAGGCAGAAGAUGAGCAGGACUGUAUAGCGUGGAUAUCAGUUCUGACAAACAGCAAAGAGGAGGCAUUAAAUAUGGCAUUCCAAGGGGAACAUAGUACAGGAGAGAAUAGUUUAGAGGACCUUACCAAAGCCAUUAUUGAUGAUAUACAGCGGGUACCUGGAAAUGAAGUGUGCGCUGACUGUGGAGCACCAGAUCCAACCUGGCUUUCUACUAAUUUGGGAAUCUUAACUUGUAUUGAAUGUUCGGGAAUACAUAGGGAAAUGGGUGUACAUGUUUCUAGAAUUCAGUCUCUGGAGUUAGACAAACUAGGGACUUCUGAACUCUUGCUGGCCAAGAAUGUAGGAAAUAAUAGUUUUAAUGAAAUUAUGGAAGCGAACCUACCAGAUCCUUCAUCAAAACCCACUCCGACAAGUGAUAUGACUGCACGUAAAGAAUACAUUACUGCUAAGUACGUAGAUCGUAAGUUUGCCAGACGGACCUGCAUAUCUGCAGUUGCCAGGUUAAAUGAACUUCUAGAGGAUGUGAAAUCCAAGGAUUUACUUGCACUGAUUCAAGUCUAUGCGGAGGGGGUGGACCUCCUGGAGCCACUACCAGAACCUGGACAGGAUCCAGGUGAAACUGCACUUCAUUUAGCAGUACGCACUGCUGACCAAACCUCUCUUCAUAUAGUAGACUUCCUUGUACAAAACUGUGGCAACCUGGACAAGCAAACUGGGAAGGGAAACACAGCUCUGCAUUACUGUUGCAUGCAUGGUAAAUUGGAAUGUUUGAAGCUGCUUCUAAGGGGCAAACCAUCUGUAGAUAUAGUAAAUCAAGGAGGAGAAACGGCUAUAGAUAUUGCAAGGAGGAUGAGGAACUAUCAGUGCGAGGAACUGCUUGCACAGGCUGGAGCAGGAAAGUUCAACCCUCAUGUACAUGUGGAAUACGAGUGGAAUCUCCGUCCAGAUGAAAUAGAUGAAAGUGAUGAUGAUUUAGAUGACAAGCCCAGUCCUAUCAAGAAAGAGCGCUCUCCUAGACCACAGAGCUUUUGCCAUUCCUCCAGUAUCAGUAUUUCUCCACAAGACAAACUGACACUACCUGGCUUCUCCACUGCACGAGAUAAACAGCGGUUAUCGUAUGGAGCGUUUAAUAACCAAAUGUUUGGAACUAGUAUCUCAGACUCGCCAACAUCUCCUGCAGCAGAUGCCCCUCCUCUUCCUCCCAGAAAUGCUGCAAAAGCUGCAUCUGGCCCUCCUUCAACCCUCCCUAUAAGCACCCAAACCCCUAGUGGCAACUCCACUCUGUCUAAGAAGAGACCUCCACCCCCUCCCCCUGGACACAAAAGAACCCUCUCCGACCCGCCAAGCCCGCUACCUCAUGGCCCCCAGAAUAAAGUUGCAGUCCCUUGGGGUAAUGAUACAGGUCCACCGUUAAACAGGACAGGAAGCCAGUUUGAGGGAUUGCUGCAACAAACAAGCACUGGGACCACAAAGGCCACCCUGGGUCCAAGAGUCUUACCUAAACUACCUCAGAAAGUGUCUUUAAGAAAAACAGAUACAUUUCAUCACCAGUCAAUAGACAAGUCAAUAGACAAGCCUAACCAUCACCCAGAAAUCUUCCAGCGAUCGCCUCAGUCCAUUGAUUUGCCUACAAAACCACAGCUUGGAGAAGUACCCCCAAAACCUCAAGUUGGCGACUUACCCCCAAAACCAGGAGAGCUACCCCCAAAGCCAAAUCUUGGAGAUUUGCCUCCAAAACCCCAACUUGGAGAUUUACCCCCAAAACCUCAAGUGAAGGACCUUCCACCAAAGCCCCAGCUAGGAGAUGUGCCGCCAAAACCCCAAGCUGGGGAGACUUUAGCAAAGCCACAGCCUGUAGAACUCAAUCAGAAGUCUCCACCUGUGGAGGUUUCGCCAGUUACACAUUCUGGGGAUACUUUACAAAGGCAAACGUCAGAGGACUCUAAUGGUACAUCACCCGUAGUUUUGGAGAUGCCAGUGCCACUCCCUAGGAAAAUAAAUACGGGAAAGAAUAAAAUUAGACGAGUAAAAACUAUCUAUGACUGCCAAGCUGACAAUGAUGAUGAGUUGACAUUUGUCGAAGGAGAAGUAAUUAUUGUAACUGGUGAAGAGGACCAAGAGUGGUGGAUCGGUCACAUUGAGGGACAGCCAGAGAGAAAAGGAGUAUUUCCGGUCUCCUUUGUACACAUUUUGUCAGACUAACAAGUGAAAAACUUUUGAUUAUUGCACAUUCUUUGUUAAAUGCAAGAUGUCAGCUUCUUUGGCAAAGUGAGCGACUGCUGCCUCUUUGUAACCAUGUGCACAGAAAAGGACAUAGCUGCUGUUAUGAGAAUUCGUUUGCAUUCCACCUUAAGUGGUGGUUUAUAUAUGUAUUGUAAAUAUAUUGUGUUAUUCUGCCUAUGCCAGUAUUAUGAUAGCCUUGGAAUAUGGCAAACCUUAUUGGGGUUGCUGCAGCCAUCCUUGGCAUUUAGCACUUACUACAUCUCUGUUUAUGCUGUUAAAAGAUAAAAGAUAUGUGUAUUCCCUGCCUGGUUUCCAGAUGAGACAUAAUCAGCCAAGAAUUCUGUUGUGUAACUGACACUCGUAAUCUUCGUAUCAUCUCAGUAUGUUGAACUACACUACAAAGAUGAAAAGGAUGGAAAAGGACCAUACUUUGACAUUAAACUGAAGAGUUUAGGCUUUCAUAUUUUUUAAAGACAGUAUUUUGAAUAGAUGUUCUAGUGUGUGUUCAAGUGGGUAUUUAUUACAGGGGGGAAAUGGUCAGUUAAAUUGUAAUCUUGUGUGAUCAAACAAAUAUUCACUGACCUUUAGUACACUGUGCAGAUCAGAUGCACCUUGAUAGAUGACCGUAGACGUUCAUUAAUUGAGCUCAUCUGCCAUGCCUGAAGCUAAUAACAGCUAGCAUCAAACUUGACUGAAAGUGGAAAAGUAGCCUAAGACUUUAAACUGAUGUGACGGCUAAAAUGGCCUUACUCAGUGUAAUGUGCACUCAGGAUUUUCAGAAGAAAUCCACAGACACAUUAGAGUACAAAAGCAUCAUAGGAAGUUUCUUUUUUGUUUAGUUUUUGUAAUAUUUCUGACAUUUUGCUGCCUUAAACCACUUUAUGAUUUUGAUGCAUGACCUUAAUUCUGAAGGUUUACAUUCAAGUGAAUCCCUUUAUUUAAAAAAAAAAAUAAGAAAAAAGAAAAAAAGCAUUUCAGUGGAGAGAAACAGCAGUAGCAGUAGAGUCUGGAAAUGAAUGUCAGUUUGGGAGGUCAGCUCCUGCUGAUCAUUUUAUAGAUGUUUCUUGCUUUGAAACACUUUCAUCUGUUGAGAUAAAUGCUUUCUUUCUGAAGAUGGUUAGAAAUUAUUUAAACACUGCCACUAAUUCAAAGAUGUAACAGCAGGAAAGUAAAUGUAACAGAAUUUAGUGUCUCAAGUUAAGGUUGCCGCUUAUGGUCUUCCUUUGAAUACUGUAUGAGAAGUACAUUUUGUUUGUGCAGUUGUGUAAGGGAUUAACAUGGCCAGGCGUAUAGAAAAACCUUGUACGGGCAAAUAAAUAUUAUUUAGCUUGUCGGCAGAGGUUCUGAUAAAGACAUAUUCAGCAUUCAUAUACAUCAAUGUCUCUGUGUAGUUGCCUGUACAUACUAUUUCAUACCAAAAUGUUGGCAGCCUAAAACUGUUUGUUCAUCAGGUAAGCACCAUUUGUAGCUAUUUACGUCCCUGAAAGCUCAACUGGUUAACACAUAAAAGCUCUGGUAUAGUUGAGCAGAUUUAAUUAUGUGGCAUCUUUUUAAAUUGACAUGCUGCAUUAGUCAGUAAACACUGACACAUGAGCAUGAGCAGCUUUGUCCUUUACCUCUAACCCACGUUGUUACAGAAAAAAAAAAUGAACCUCUUGGCUCCUGAAAAGGUCAUCAGUACAUUACCUUAUACCUUGGAAAUUAUUUCAUUUGAAAGUAGCCAUUCAGUAAACGCUGAAGAAAAACUAGUAAAUCUUUCUAUUGAGGUGUAGCUUUCUUUUAUUUGACCUGUUCUCUUUAAAUUAAACACUUUUGUUGACUGGUUCAACAUUUUUUAGAGAUUUAGUUUUUAUGUUAAGUAGAAUUUGCUGGCAAAUUAAGUGUGUUUUUCUUGAACGUAUAUGAUGUAGCUUGCCUUGUCAUCAGCAUUAGCCAGUCAUGGAUUAACCUUUUGAAUUUUGUCCACAAAAGUUUUUUUUUUUUUUUUGAUUUUUGAAAAUAUUGGAUGUUUUGCUGUUCUGUCUGCACAUAGGGUGGUGUUACAGAAAGAGAUAUAGAAAAGAGAGUAUACUAGCAGGAGUUAUUUCAUGCAAGAUGGAACACACACCCAUAUGUGUGUUACAGGGUAAUUGACAUUAGCCCUAUGUUUAACUGACUUGUAUGUAUGACAGUUGAUCAAGCUUGCUACUUGCUGUUUGACUAGUCAAAACUGACCUUUGAAAGUACCUUAUUUUAAUAGCCCUUACCUAGGCUGGGGGGGGGGGGGGUUAUCACUCACAGUAAACUUCUGUCUUUUAUAUGAAAUAAAAUUAUUUUACUUUUAAAUGGAACAUGAGAACAUGGCUGCUGCAUAAGUAGUGUUUUAGGAAAACUAGCAUAUGGAAUGAAACAGAAUCCAUGAGUGAGUGUUAAAGUCACUUUUAACUUACUGUUGUCCUCUGUCAUGAACAAUUCAUGUUUUGUUUACAGUUCUGUUCAGGCCUAUAAGGACAGAAUUUUAAUCAUAAAUUGAAGCUGUGUUUUAAUUGCUAAUGUUAUAUGGGAGGGGUUCAUAUCCAAAUUUAUACAUUUAUAGAGGUACUUCUGAAGACCAUUUUUAUCACUGACACCCCUAAUAUGUGCAUUUGAAAAGACAGAGAAAAUAUUUUAGUCACUUUCACAGAGUGUCAGAUGUCAACCAUAAAUUGGACAAAAGAAGGUUUUAGGGUUAAAACAGCCAUGUUGGUACUGUGGUUUUAUUUGUACUUGCAGUGUUGGUACAGUAAUGGACCUCAAUCAGUGUGGAAGAGCAUGUUGUCACAUAACAUGUGUUUGUGUUCGCCUGAUUAAGAAGACUAGAGCUGAAACUGCUGCUAACAUGACUGGCACCAGAAGCACAGUCAGGAGGUUCCGAUUUGUACAGGAAAUGACAACUUUUGGAAGGUAACAAAAAGUGAUAGAUUGCCAAGUGCUUCAUCACCUUUAAAGCGGUAUUUCUGUGAGUCUCCGUCAUGGCAUGCUGGACCAGAAGCCUGAUGCCCACUACGUUGCACUGCUUCCUUUCUCCACUACCUACCCACAGUCUGGAGAUGAAGCACUAGACAUCAAAAGGGUACAUACGGUAGCUGCAUGCCAGAAAGUUUAAACUCCAUUUGUCAUACUGCCUGCAUUUUUCUUACUUUUCAUGUCUUAAUACCUAUGAAUCGUUCCUUUGUAGUCUCAUUCAAUGAGAAGGUAAUGCAUACUGUAACAAAGAGUUUCUUUAACAUUAAUCAAACCUAUAAAUGUUCAUCCUCAUGAACCUUUACAGGUUUUCAAACUAUUAGCCACCUCUUCCAUGUUAACUUUCAUUCCUUUCAACAAUGACUUCUAAACAGGGAAAGAAAAAAAAAAACACUGAAAACGUGUAUUUACUGCUUCCCCUCUUACAGUUUCCCAUUUUGUUUUCUGAUCCUGAAGUCGUUCACAUACUAUUUCUGACAAAAGUGCAUCAGUCUUGCUGUUAUAGUGUCUGCUCUUCCAUACUGUUGUCUGCUUGUCCUUCUCUGGCAGCCUGAUGACCGAGUGUCCCAUAGCAGCAUUUCACUGUGCUUCUUGUAGUUAAAUAGCUGUCAAGACUACCAGGUCAGGUGGUCUGGAUUCUUGGUUAAGAUAACAUGUGACAUUCCACAACUUCUGUGAUACCACGUCCUAAACCUGAAUGUUGUGAAUUUGCUAUUUUUGGGCUGUGUCCGUUAGUGGUUUUAUUCUUCUUGAUGCUUCUGCUGCUGCUAAUACUUUAUUUUGUAUUAUUCUUUGGGCAGAAAGUACUUUGGGUUUGUAACCUUCCCCCUCCGUCUCUUCAGAUCAUGUAUGAGCAGAAAACUUUGAGCAGACUUUCUGAGUAUUCCUCAGUACAGACCACUAUACUGCUGAUUUGGCAGCACAAAUGCAAGAUUUUCAGUCUAAAAUCUUCACCAUAAUAUUCAAUGUUGUUGGAGUGAAAAGUUACAGUGCAGAGCAAGUGUGGCUGUAACAGAUCUUGUUGAACAGAACCAUUAAAUAUUUACAGUACUGAAGCCUUGAAGGUAAGGGUUUAUUGUUUAAAUCAUAAUGGAGGAUUUGCUGUACCUCCAGUUGUCCUUAGAAAAAUAAUUUCAGAAUAAGAUAGCUUUAUACUGGAUUAUUCUUGUGAUUAGCUCCUCUUAUGUAAGUAUUAAUGAAACUCAGCUGUAACAAUCAGAAGUAAACUGGUAUUUACUUCUACUCCUGUCUUCCAGACAUCAUAAAGUAAAAACAGUGUUGUGAAAUUAACACUGCUAUUAAAUUUAAAUAUUUAGCUUACCAGAAAUAUUUCCUUGUAGGAAAUUAAGGCACAGCUCAAUGGGUGUUUGCAGAAGUUACAUUAUACCAUUAUUGUCGGUGAAUAUUUGUUUCAGUAAUAAAAUUAAUUUGUUCUUUUACGGAAGAUUUGAAAAAAAUAUUGUAUUUACCAACAGUUGUUGGGAGUUUGUUGUAUGUAAAAUAGGAUUACUUUCCUUACUUUGUAAGGAAAUAGUAUUCUAACAAGGCUGAUGCAGUUCUGAUUAUGUCUUAAAUGAUGGUAUGUUAUCAAAGCUUUACCUUUGCUUAGCUCUUACACUUUUAUUAGAUUAUACUUCUGUAUGAAUGAUUGUGUAUGGCAGCCUACUCUUGCAGGGAUAGCAUUUGUCUGUGUUGCCAGUGGCCAGGAUUAGCAAUGAGACUUGUGUUUGGGGGAUUGGCUGAGCUUCCAAAGGCAACUCUUCAUUUUGGGGAGGGGGUGUCAAGUGGGCUUUGAUGUACUCACCCUUGAUACUGAUUGGGAAAAUCAUUAUUGCAACAAUUAGAGACAGUACAUGCCUCACAUCCUUAGUGAGUGCAACAUCAUGGUCUUAUUGUCUUUUAUCUUCCAAGGGGAAAAAUCCAAAGGGAAAGAAGUGACAGCAGGCUUGCUUCUGGAAAGGUAGCCCCCAUCCUCAAAGCUCUAACACCACCAGUAUUCUGACCUAAGCAGGAAAAGACUGGUGUCUGUUUUUAAUCAUUUGGCAUCCCUGUUAAUGUCUCACUUGGAAGGUAACUAGUGGAGGCUGAGAUCAGAGAUCUUCUGAAGAAGUGAGUUAUGAGGAGGGGACAGAUCACUAGAUCCUGGCUGUGCAGUGGUCAGGCAGCCUAGAACAUAAAUAAGUAAACCAAACAAUAAGUGAAGGUGUGCAUAUUUUUACAGAAGGUUUUGAAGAAUGUUAUUUUGACAUCUUUUUAAGGCACUUUUAUUUCAAAUUUAUGCUGCCUUCGUGAGCGUACUGUCCUUUAGAUGAGAUGUUAAACUAAGGCCCCCAUCUGCUGGAGUUGUUGCUAGCUCAGAUGGAUAUAAAAGAUCCUGUGGUAUUUAUCAAAAAAGAGUAGUGGAAGUUCCCUGAUAUCCUGGCCAAAUGUCUCCUAGUAGUGAGAAUACCACCUCAGGUCUCCCCUGAAAAGAGGCUGCUAGCCUAGUGGGACUAAUAAAGUAAGUUCCCUGAUGAUUCUUUUUUUGAGUUAGGCUUCUGUAAAUGUCGGUCCAAGGGUAUAUGGACAAUUAUAAUAUACAGCAUCCAGACAGAAAGCAUUCACAUUCUUAAGUGUGUGUGGUUGACCAACCUACAGACACAGAAACAGGGGUUCUCUCUGCAGCUUCAUUAACUCUGGACUGGCCAGUGGGUCUGGUACUAAAGGAAAUGUAAUUCUUGAAACCAUCAUGGGGUCACCAGUGAGUGUCUGGAAAAGUGAUGAAAGCAGGAAUUACACACACAUUAGUUCCAGUAAAAAAAAUACCCAAAAUAAUUUUCCUAAAAAGGAAUGUAUGGGGAAUGCUUUGAAAUCAGGGGUUUAGGUCUACCUCACAGGACCUGCACCUGGAAAGGUUAAGGACAGCUGCAGCCAUUAGGAUAAAACUUACCUUCACUCCCAGUUCAAGUGUUAAUUUAAUGAAUUAAGAUGCCAUUUUUAGGUCUUCAGCACUGUUGCAACACUUAAGCAACUAGAACGUCUUGCCCCUGUCCUCCUCACAAAAACUACGUAGAGUUUGCUGCAUUUGGAUAUAAACUGUGCCAACAGUCCUGUAAGUACUAAAUUCACAUUCCAACAGCCCUCACAUACUCCUCUUGCAAGUGACACUUAAUAUCCCUGCCUGUAACUUGCAAAAGUCUGAUUUCUGUAUAAUGAAAAUGGAUGGCAAAGAAGUUUCACUGGAACAUUUCAAGUAACCCAGUUGUUUCAGAAAAGACUGCCAGUGUACAGUGAAGUAAAGGGCAUGCAUCUAAAAACACUAAUCCUACAGUCCAUUAACCUGUAUCUGCACUUCCUGAAGAGUAAAAUAUGAUGAGCAAAAGGCACGCAUUUCUGAUUUUCUUUGUUGUUGUAAACAUUUUAGCAUUUACCUUUCAUAUCAGUCCAGAAUGAUAUGUUAUUUUAACAUUCCAUUUUAUCGAUUUUUAUGGGAACUGUACACAGCUCUGUUCUAAAGUGCACUUUUUUAAAUGUAUUUUAUUCCAUUUUUAUCCCGUGUGCAAUCUGACAUGGUGUGUUACAUGAAGUAUUCUGGGAACUUGAAGAGUUAUACUCUUGCCUUUUUCAGUGUCAUUUAAUGUAAUUUUAUGUACAGUAUUUACUUGUGUCAAUGAUCUGUGCUGUACUGACUUUUUAUUCAUAUUACUUAUGUCUAUCAUGUUUAAAUUUGUUAUGGUGCUGUUAUUGAACCACACACAAGGUGAACAUGGGCACACACUCCGGGUGUCCAUGUUUGAUGCCGUUUGCACCACUCUUCAUCUGUCUGUGGUCUUCUAAAACCCAUCUGCAUUGCAUAAGUCAGUUUUAGUUUGGAAGGAGGGCAGAGAUCACCUGCUCACACACAUCCUGUGGUGCACCUUAAACCACUAAGAGCAGUGAAACAUUUUAAGUAGCACUAUGUAUAUACAGAGCAUCAAUGGAAAAGCAUUUUCCGUCAUGUUCUGUGUGUAAAGCGUUGAUGAUUGCCAAUGCUGUUAUUCCUGCAGAUAUGUAGUAGGCUCAUUUCUUUAUCCUAUAAAUCAUAUGUUAUCAUUAUAGAGAUGCAUGACAAUUCAGUCUUUUCAUUUCUGCAUUCCACACUACAGAUACUUUUAUGGCCUUUAAUAGACUAAAAUUCAAUGUUAGAUGGAACAUAGAAUGCUGCUGUUUCAUCUAUUACCUUUGCCAGGAAAUAGAAGUGUUUAUAGCAUACAUUACCAUUAUUAAUAUAGUCUAGUCUAGGUUAAGGCCUUUAGGGUCUUGCCUACAAGUUGGGUUGAUCUUUGGAACCAUUACAUAAACUGUUACAGAUGGAAUAAUACGAUUUAGUGCAUUCUGCCUGUAUUAAAAUUAGGUAGUGCAUUAUGAUACUUGGUGUUCACAGGAAUAGUCUUUCCUGCCUGCACUGGUAAAUGUGACUUAUUCAUUAUUAUAUUGGUUUUUGAAUCAGUUUUGAUAAGUGAUGCAAAGAAACUUCAAGACUUGCUGUCUGAAAUGAUAUUAAACCAUAGUAAGCCACAACUGUAACAGUUUCUGGGUUCUUUAAUGAUAUGAAACCACUUGAGUAUAUUUGGCCUAGAAGUAUUGCAUUUAUUUGAUCAUUAGUCCAUCAUAAUGCUGAAGCAAUAUGAAAAACAGUUAAUUCAUUCUCUGAACAAGAUUGACAUGCCUUCUGUUUAUCCCACGUUUACUUUUUAUUAAGCUGUAAAACUGUUUGUGUUUCAGGUUUUCAUGUUAUAUGCUCCUUAAUGUUAUGUAAAAAAGAAUGCUGUACCAUUUUAGACAAUGAACUGUAUUGGUAUCAAUAAAAAGGUUGAAUAGUACCUUUUGAUUUUUUUCUCAGUCAGAAUAAACAUUAGUAUACCCAG